AUGAAUUUUCCUGAAGAAUUAUCAAAAGAAAUAGCGGGAACAUCAUACCACUGUGAUAUCUGUAAAAAGUCAUUUUCUCUGAAAGCAUUGAAUAUUCACAAGCAUAUUCAUUCAGGGGAAAAACAAUAUCGCUGUGAUAUUUGUGGUAAAAUAUUCUCUGGAACAAGUGAAUUAAUGAUACACAAAAGACGCAUUCAUUCAAGAGAGAAACCACAUUCAUGUGAUAUCUGUGGUAAAUCAUUCACCUAUUCAAGUGCAUUAACUGUUCAUAAACGGAAGAAACCACAUCACUGCGAUACUUGUGAUAAAUCAUUCCCUUAUGCGAGUGCAUUAACUCUUCAUAAACGUAUUCACUCAGGGGAAAAACUAUAUCAUUGUGAUAUCUGCGGCAGAUCAUUUACAUAUCGAAGCACAUUAACUGUUCACAAACGAAUUCAUUCAGGAGAAAAACCAUAUCACUUACACAAGAGGCGUAUCCAUACAAGCGAGAAGCCGUAUCAUUGUGAUAUCUGUGGCAAAUCCUUCACUGAUGGAAGUUCAUUAACUGUUCACAGACGUAUUCAUACAGGUGAAAAGCCAUAUUCAUGUAAUAUCUGUGGUGUAUCAUUCUGUCGAACAAGCCAGCUAACAAUACAUAAGAGACGCAUUCAUACAGGGGAGAAACCAUUUUACUGCGAUAACUGUGGUAGAUCAUUCACUGACAGGAGCUCGUUAACUGCUCAUAAACGGAAUCAUUCAAAUGAGAAACCAUAUCACUGA